ACACGGAGAAUCAGUUCUGCAGUCCAACUGAAAUGGAGACAGUUGUCAACAGUGAGAGGUGUCAGAAACAUAGCCUGGUGUGUGCAACUGUCUCCCCCUUGGACAAGUGUCUCCAGUGUGUGGGACCUGUGUCCUCCCUCAAGUGGCUUGGCUAUAAAUGCAGAGAACUCCCACAAGAAAAUGUUUGUAAGGUGGAGGAGGACGGGGAUUUCAGUGACCAGCACCUCGAUAGCCUGGAGAGGAGCUGUAGCCCGGACCAGGGGGAACCAAGGCAUCCACAGACUACAGAACUGGAGGAAGACUCCAGCGGUCAGGAGAUUAAGCACGAGGACGUAGAGGUGUCUGUUUCAUUGGUCAAUGUCGCUGAUGUGAAAGUUGAAAAUGGUGAACCAGGACCAAACUGUGACCAGCUGCUGUUGCACACUUCUCCUGAAGCUCAAAACAAAGAUGAGGAAGGGACUGAAAGUUUACGCUCAGACUCCAGUAAAACUGCACAUCCGGAACCAUUGAGACGACACGGUGACCACGAAGAUGCUGCUGUCCCGUCAGACAGCAACUGUAAAUUAAAGCUGACCAUGACCCACACGGGGAAGAAGGUAUUUUCUUGCAGCACUUGCAGGAAAGAGUUCAGUAAAAGUAGUAGUUUAAAGAAUCACAUGAUGAUCCACACUGGUGAAAGGCCGUACCUGUGCAACACCUGCGGAAAAUCGUUUACUAAAUCAUCAGAUCUUAAACGCCACAUAACCACGCACACGGAUGAGAAGCCCUACAUCUGCGAAACAUGUGGAAAAAGUUACAGAGAACGUUACAAACUGGUGGUUCACUCGAGGAUCCACGCGGGCAAGGAGCCCUACAUCUGCAAAACAUGUGGAAAAAGUUACAGAGAACGUUACAAACUGGUGGUUCACUCGAGGAUCCACACCGGUGAAAGGCCGUACCUGUGCAACAUCUGCAACAACGCCUUUACUAAUUUAUCACAUCUUAAACGCCACAAAACCAUGCACACAGGCGAGAAGCCCUACGUCUGCAAGACAUGUGGAAAAAGUUACAAGAAAAAUUCCUACCUGGUGAGGCACUCGAGGAACCACACCGGUGAAACGCCGUACCUGUGCAACACCUGUGGAAAAACCUUUACUAAUUUAUCGGAUCUUAACCACCACAUGGACACGCACACGGGCGAGAAGCCCUACAUCUGCAAAACAUCUGGAAAGAGUUGCAGGCUACUUUCCUUCCUGGUGAUUCACCCGAAGAUCCACACUGGUGAAACGCCAUACCUGUGCAACACCUGCAGCAAAACCUUUACUAAUUUAUCGGAUCUUAACCGGCACAAAACCACGCACACUGGUGAGAAGCCCUACGUUUGCAAAACAUGUGGGAAAAGUUACAAGAAAAAUUCCAACCUGGUGAUUCACACGAGGAUACACAACGGCGAAAGGCCGUACUUGUGCAACACGUGCGGAAAAACCUUUACUGAUUCACGGUUUCUUAACCGCCACAUAACCACGCACACGGGCGAGAAGCGAUAUUUGUGCAAGACGUGCAACAAAGGUUUUAGCCGCAAAAUUGAUUUGCUGAGUCACAUGAAAAGUCACCCGGAGGAGAAGUCUGGUGACUCGUGACAAAUGAAGCACAUGUUGUCGUCCUCUGGGGGCAGCUGUCCACUCCUGUCUGACCCACAGAAGAAGAACCCGCAGAAGUCCAACCAUCACCUCCUGUGGCUGAUGAGCCUAAUCCCCUCCCCACAAGGGUUGCAGGUUCAAC